UUGGAUUGCAUAAAAGGAAAGGCGGAGCCAGAAGAGGAAUCUUUGUGGUCUGGUUUGAAGAACGUACCUGGCGCCACUUGGGGGACUUGAGGCCCUGUCGCCGUACCUCGGUACCUCUCUCCAUGGCAGUUCCCGAGACCCGCCCCAACCACACUAUUUAUAUCAACAACCUCAAUGAGAAGAUCAAGAAGGAUGAGCUGAAGAAGUCCCUGUAUGCCAUUUUCUCCCAGUUUGGCCAGAUCCUGGAUAUUCUGGUGUCGCGGAGCCUCAAGAUGAGAGGUCAGGCCUUUGUUAUCUUCAAGGAGGUCAGCAGCGCCACCAAUGCCCUGCGAUCCAUGCAGGGUUUCCCCUUCUAUGACAAGCCCAUGCGUAUCCAGUAUGCCAAGACUGAUUCAGAUAUCAUUGCCAAGAUGAAGGGUACCUUUGUGGAGAGGGACCGCAAGCGGGAGAAGAGGAAGCCCAAGAGCCAGGAGACCCCAGCUGCCAAGAAGGCUGUGCAGGGUGGGGCGGCUGCUCCCGUGGUGGGAGCUGUCCAGGGGCCUGUCCCGGGCAUGCCUCCAAUGACUCAGGCACCCCGCAUCAUGCACCACAUGCCGGGCCAGCCUCCCUACAUGCCACCCCCUGGCAUGAUCCCGCCACCAGGCCUUGCACCAGGCCAGAUCCCACCAGGGGCCAUGCCCCCACAACAGCUUAUGCCAGGGCAGAUGCCACCUGCCCAACCUCUUUCCGAGAAUCCACCAAAUCACAUCUUGUUCCUUACCAAUCUGCCAGAGGAGACCAACGAGCUCAUGCUGUCCAUGCUUUUCAACCAGUUCCCUGGCUUCAAGGAGGUCCGCUUGGUCCCUGGGCGGCAUGACAUCGCCUUUGUGGAGUUUGACAACGAGGUGCAGGCAGGGGCAGCUCGGGAUGCCCUCCAGGGCUUUAAGAUCACCCAGAACAACGCCAUGAAGAUCUCCUUUGCCAAGAAGUAGCACCUUUUCCCUAGGCCUGUCCUUACCCCUGUUCUGGGGCUGUCCCUUCCCCCUUGGCUCAGCCCCUGAAGGUAAGUCCCCCUUUGGGGGCCUUCUCAGAGCCGUGUGUGAGUGCGUGGUCGCCACACAGCAUUGUACCCAGAGUCUGUCCCCAGACAUUGCACCUGGCGCUGUAAGGCUGGAAUUAAAGUGGUUUUUUUUUGA